CACAAAUCUUUCGAAUUCAGUUCCAAAACACUAUCGCUACAAUAGCCAAUUCUUUUCGACCAAAUUAUCACAAUGAAGUUUGUUCUACCUGCUGUCGUUGCUGCCUUGGCCUCCUCUUCUAUUGAAGCCUUUACCGCGAAGAUUUCUCCACGUACCACGACUCAAUUGAAGGCCGUCCGUAGCAGUUCCGACGCUCUCGUCGCGGAGGCCCUGGCAUUGUCCAACAAGUACGGUGCUACUUCCAAGGAAGCUCGGUUGGCAUGGGAAGCUGUUGAGGAAAUAAAUGCAAGCGACAACAGGUGAGUUUUGCCAACUAUGAUCGCGUGACUUCUUGUCACGGUAUCGGUGUUUGGCGUCGUAAAUUCAUUCUCUCCAGACCUCGUAGAAUGAUGCAAAUUCAUUCUUUGGCAUCAAGCAAUUUCAGAAAAUUGUCGUUUGUUUCAGUUCAUAAUUAUUACGAAGGACUAUCAUUUUUCUUUUCUUCUAACCUUCCUCGAUGCACGUACGACAUAACAACUAACUCAACAACAAUAAUUACGCACACAAUAGUGUGGCAUCCAUGGGCAACUUGAACGACGAGUGCGACGUUGAGGUCGUCUCUCAGGACUGUCUCGAAUACAACGCGGCCCUCGAGGAACUUCAAGAGUUGCUCCAGGCUAACCAGCCCAAGAUAUCGGCUCUUUCCGAAGACAUUUCCAAGACUGUCAGCAACGUAAAACUUUCGGUUCCCAAUGCUUCUGCUGCUCCCCAGAGCAAGGAAUUACAAGCAGCCCUUGAGGAAGCCCGUCGCAUCACUGCCGAGGAAGGCACCACUUCGCCAAACGCCGCCGUUGCCUGGGAGACUGUGGAACAAAUCGCCGCACGUGGAAACACCAACGCGAUCGGCGCCAAGCUCACAGAAGACGAAUGCUUCCUGGAAGCCGCUCAAGAAGCCUGUGCCGCAUUGGAAGAAUUGUCCCGAAUCAUCGAAAACCGAAAUUAAUUUUUUGGUUCUCAUCAGUUUGAAGGACUUGACUCGAUGGUCUCGGACAGGGUCCAUUAAGGAAAGGAUGUUACUCUAUACUUCUCAUUGUUACCUUCUCCUCAUUAUAACUUUUAGAACAUAGCCUUACAGCUAGACAUAGCAGUAGAAAUCGACACCACAGUGGAGUGUCAGUGUAUAAAUCAUGUCUACCGUU